AUGAGUGAUUCAGGCAGCGUCGCGCCCCAGCCCUACAGUGCCGCUCUGCUCGAGGUCAUACUGGCCGGCAGUGACUGCUUGAUGGCAGGAGACUUGUGUUCGAGCGAUGACACCUGCAGCCCGCGCCUGCGCACGCUGCGUCAGUGCGUGGCAGGCAAUGGCAGCAUGAAGCUGGGCCCUGGUGCCAGGAGCCAGUGCGCCAACGCGGUGUCCGCACUUCUUUCCAGCCCUUUACAUGGCUGCCAGUGUAAACGGGGCAUGAAAAAAGAAAAGAACUGCCUGAGUAUCUACUGGAGUCUUCACCAAUCCAUUAUUCAUGGACUCAACUUGGUGGAGAGUUACCCUUAUGAGACCAUGCAGCGGGAUUACGAUUAUGUCCGUUUGGCCUCUAUCACAGGAGACUCUGAUAUUGGGCCAGUAACGCUGAAUCGGUGCUUGGAUGCAGCCAAGGCUUGUAAUGUGGACGAGUUUUGUCAGAAGUUGCGCACGGAGUACGUCUCGGCCUGCAUCAAGCCCACCGCCAAAUCAGGCCUGUGCAACCGGGUCAAAUGCAACAAGGCCCUGCGCAGGUUCUUUGAUCGGGUCCCCGCAGACCACACGCAUGAGCUCCUCUUUUGCCCGUGCACGGACACGGCAUGUGCAGAACGUCGCAGACAGACCAUCGUUCCUAGCUGUUCUUAUGAAAGCGUGGAGAAGCCCAGCUGCAUUACGCAGAGGAGGAUGUGCGAGGCCGACUACGUAUGCAAGUCUCGUCUGGCACAGUUUCAAUAUGACUGCGAACCCUCUGAAGUUUCUGCCAGUGGUUGCAAGCAAAGAAACUAUGGCGCCUGCCUCCUCGCCUACACAGGACUCAUAGGAAGCACAAUCACGCCCAACUACGUCGACAAUGCCACGUCCAGUGUGGCGCCGUGGUGCUCCUGCUUGGCCACCGGCAACCAGAAACAAGAAUGUGAAGACUUUCUGGGCUACUUUACUGACAACAUCUGCCUCCAGAAUGCCCUCAAGGCAUUUGGAAGUGAAUCUAACCAGCAGCCAACGGCAGGUCAGUCCAAUACCCAAAGCCCGACCUACCGCAGCAGAGAAAACAGGAGCAGGACUUCCUUACCGCAAAACACAGUAACCAGGCAGAGCAUUCUGGAUACAAAAAUACACACACAGGCCAUGGAAAAUGAACUCCAAGUGGGCCAGUCCACCCUGCCGUCCAACAGCCUCGCAAAUGCGGCAUCCCCGCUUGGGCUCCUGCCUCCAGCUGCCAUUAGCCUUCUGUUGUUUCGCUUGCUCAACAGUGGACACUAAAGACUGCAGGGGUGAGCUCCCUGCCUGCUACCAAGUGGAAUCGAGGCAGCUCAUGAACUGCGCAGCUACUCCCGCUUCCUCGUUGUCUUGUACAGCAAUUCCGUUUCUAUUUUUGUGUCUAGGUAGUAGGACCCUUAAAGGAAGCUAAUGUGUAGGGUUGAACAAAGAGUCGUUGUUGCUAUGAUCAAGACAUGCCAAAAUUGAGCUACGCCUUGGUUAAGCUCUGAGCUAUCCAGCAACGCCUCUACAGGACUGUUGUAUAUGUAUGAUACUCAGUUGAAGAUACAGUACCAACAGAAACUCUUAUUGUGACUCAGUGUUUGGAGAGCCGCACGCUGCCCUUAAACAGCACUUUCCUCAAGUGACUGUGAGAGGACCAUUCUAAUCAAUACCGGGGAAAAAAAGGAGGUGUGAGGGUGAGCCGGAGAGACAAUAGAGCAACAUUUUACUCCGACGUGGCCGACAGAUGCCCUGAUUCUUCAGUGUCCUGCAGCAGCGUCAAGUAGUGAGUGCAUAAGACAAACCUUGACACCACAAUCAUGCUCUCCAUCGCCGUUUGUCAAACUCUCCCUUUAUUUGUUAGCUCUGGAGCUACAGUAUAAAACAUGCCCUCGCUCUUAAAAGGGUAUUAUCAGCCAAUUCCCAAAAGACAAUACCCUUAGACCUCUGGCUGCUAUACAAAAAAGUAAUUGUGAGUGUAAUAACCUUCUAGUUCUCAUUGGGCAUGUGGACAACUGCAAGAGGGGGCAAAGAGGAAGGUCUGGCUUAUCAAGCUUUGUCAACAUAAAACACAAACCGAGAUUUAACAAUG